AUGCCGCUGACCGCGAAAGCGGAGAGGCGCAAGCGACGCAAGGCCUCCGAGGUGGCCGCUGCCUCCGUCGAGCCCGAGGUCGCCACCGAGGCGCCGGAGCCGCCCGCCGAGCCCCACAACGAGUCGGAAAUGGAGGUCGAGCCGGCAGCGCCCGAUCAGACGGCGAACCGCCUCCUGCUCAUGACGGCAGAGCACGAGGCGGCGGUGGCGCGGCGGUUGCUCCAGCAGGGCGGUCGCUGUUGGCUGCAUCAGCUUAUCGAUGACGACUCCGAAGUCUUCGAGAGCGAGGCGAAGGAGGAGAUGGUGAUCGUCGCGCGGGAGGUGGACGACUACUGCUUGAUGGUCGGCGACACGCGGCCCGAGGGCAUCUUCGGCUCCACGCUCGCGGCGGAAGCCGUGGUGGCGGCCCGCGAUUUCGAGGAGUGCGUGAGAGAUGGGACGAUUGUCGGCCGAGGAAGAUUAGGCGACUGGGAGAACUCGCUGCGCGCAAAGUCCCCGGAGCACCGCGCGCGCGCCGCCGCCAUCCUCGUCGCGCGCUGCCACGCACUGGGCCUCCCGAGCGAGGAGGCGGUGCGGGCGGCGGCCGGCUGCACCGCCUCUUACGAGUUCGACACGCCUCUGGCGCUCAGCUCGUUCUGCCCGGACGGUGAGAGUGGCACGGUCCACGGCGCGCCAAACCUCCGCCUCCCCACCCCACCGCAGGUGCGACACAUCGACCUCGACGACGAGCUGAGCGACCACAUUGAGCCGACGCCGCACCCCGCAGAGGGCUUUCCUGGGCGGUGGGGCACGCCGGCGGCGCCUCCCGACGGCAAGUACGCGGGCGGCACCCUGCGAGGCAUCCGGGUGCUCGGGGCGUACCUCGGAGACGACGAGUGGCGGAAGACGGAGCUCGUCGCGAGAGUCGAGAGGGCGCUCAAACCUCUCGAAGGCAUCCUCAAGCUGCGCGACACGAAGGAGAUCCACACGGCGCAGCAGGGGCACUUCGCGGCCAAGGGCAGCACCCAUGCUUCACCAACUUCACCAUGCUCCCAGCGGGCGAGUCAACCAGCCCCGCGCGGCCGAGCAAUCAGCGCCUCCAAGCGCGGCCGCGUGCACCGCCGGUAG